AUGGCUGCUUUGAAGGAUCUUCUUCCUCCUGUCAAAUCGAGUGGCACCACUCAUUACGAUCAUUCCAAUGAUCCCUGGUUCAAGAAGAGGUAUACUGCCGCUGAGUCUGAAAAAUCUUUAGCGGUUAAACCCAAUCCAGUUCCCCCAUACUUGAAAAGAGCAGGCUUUAAGCCAACCAAGAUUGAGGAUUUUGGAGAUGGUGGGGCAUUCCCUGAAAUUCACAUUGCUCAAUACCCUCUUGACAUGGGUCGAAAGAGGGAUUGGAAGCCCGGUAGUAAUACCUUGCCCGUGACCGUUGAUGAGCAUGGGAAUGUGAGGUAUGAUUCUAUUGUGAGGCUAAAUGAAAAUUCCAAAAAGAUUGUUUAUUCUCAGCAUAAAGACCUUAUCCCAGCUGUGGUCAAAGAUGGGAUAAAUGAGGAAGAGAUGGAUUUGGAUGAGAAGCAGAAAGAAAUUGAGGAAACUACUCAGGAUACCAAAGCUGCUUUAGAGAAGAUUGUAAACGUGAGGUUGAGUGCAGCUCAGCCUAAAAAUGUUCCUACACAAUCUUCUGAUUCCAAAUAUAUCAAGUACAAGCCUUCACAGCAGUCUGCUGCUUUUAAUUCUGGUGCAAAGGAGAGAAUUAUUCGGAUGGUCGAGAUGCCUGUCGAUCCUUUGGAGCCACCUAAAUUCAAACAUAAGAGGGUUCCGAAAGCUUCUGGUUCUCCUCCUGUGCCAGUAAUGCACUCCCCUCCCCGGCCUGUGACUGUGAAAGACCAGCAAGAUUGGAAGAUCCCUCCAUGUAUUUCGAAUUGGAAGAAUCCUAAAGGUUAUACAAUACCUCUGGACAAGCGUUUGGCAGCUGAUGGUAGGGGUCUCCAGGAUGUUCAGAUUAACGACAAUUUUGCUAAGUUGUCUGAGGCUCUGUAUGUAGCAGAACAGAAGGCUAGAGAGGCUGUUGAAAUGAGGAAUAAGGUACAGAAGGAAAUGAUGAUGAAAGAGAAAGAAAAGAAAGAGAUGGAACUGCGAGAGUUGGCCCGAAAAGCUAGAUCUGAGAGAACUGGUAUUGCUCCCCCAUCUGGUUCUAUGCCUCCUUCUGAGAGAGUGGUCGAUGAUAUGAUGGCAGAUUACGAUCGUGUUAGGAAUGCUCCAAGGGAGAAGGAGAGAGAGAGUAAAGAGGAGAGAGAGGAGCGGUUGCAAAGGGAGAAAAUCCGUGAGGAGCGACGUAGAGAGAGGGAGAGGGAAAGAAGGUUGGAAGCCAAAGAUGCAGCUAUGGGAAAGAAAAGUAAGAUUACCAGGGACAGAGACCGAGACAUCAGUGAGAAAGUUGCUCUUGGAAUGGCAACAACAGGGAAAGUGGGUGAAGUCCAGUAUGAUCAAAGGCUGUUUAAUCAAGAGAAAGGAAUGGACUCUGGAUUUGCUACUGAUGAUGCUUACAACGUAUAUGACAAGGGUCUUUUUACUGCACAGCCUACUCUCUCUACUCUUUACAAGCCCAAGAAAGAUGUUGAUUCUGACAUGUAUGGAGGUGAAGAUGAGCAGCUCGACAAGAUUAUGAAGACUGACCGCUUUAAGCCUGACAAAGCAUUUGUUGGUACGUCUGAGAGGACUGGUCCUAGAGGUGGACCUGUUGAGUUUGAGAGAGAUACUGAAGAAGCUGAUCCAUUUGGUUUGGAUCAAUUCUUGACUGAGGUUAAGAAAGGUAAAAAAGCAAUGGACAAAGUUGGAAACAGUGGUACAAUGAAGGCUACGGCUGGAUCCAUGCGAGAUGGAUUUGAAGGAUCUGGAAGAUCUCGCAUUGCUUUCGACAAAGGCCGUUAG